AUGGAUGUUUCAGAUAUCCAGCCAAGGCUACCUCCAUCAUGUUUGCCUACUCCAAAUCCAUCUUUACCUAACUUUUGGUCACGAUUUUGUGCUGAUGUGACACAACUUGUUGAAUCAGGUAAUGUUCACAGACAUAGUGAUACGUGUUAUAAAUAUUGUAAAGAUAUGGCGAAGAAAAUUUGUCGAUUAAUUAUGCCACGCAAAUUGGUAUCAGUAUCGACAAUUGAUCCAGAGACUGGUCAUAUUUCUAUGCGACGAUCACAUCCAUGGAUUAAUAAUUUUAAUGAAUACAUUAUAUCAGCAUGUCGUUCCAAUAUGGAUAUUAAAUUUAUUUGGACUGGUAGUGAUACUAAGGCUCUUGUGUAUUAUAUCACUGAUUAUAUUACAAAAACGAGUCUAUCUUUUCAUGAUACAUUCUCUCUUAUUCAAAAAAGUAUUACAUCAUUCAAAAAUGUAUCAGAUCAAACAGAGACAGAAAGUGCUAUACAAAGAUCACGCAAACUGGUUUUGCGUUGUUACAAUACACUUACUUCUCAACAAGAGCUAUCUGGAGUUCAAGUUGCCUCUUAUCUCAUGAACUGGGGCGACCAUUACACUACAUACGAAUUUCAAGGUCUUUAUUUAAUUCAAACUGAGAUAUUUCUACAAACAGAAUUAAACGAAUUACGCAUUAAACAAAAUUUAGAACAUGCCUCGCAUGAUGUAAUUGACGAUGACAAUGUGUUUGAUGAUCAAAAUACUGCAGCUGAAGAUGAUAAUGAAGAAAAUUUUCAGAUUCAAUCUACUGAAAAUAAAAACAAUUUUGUACUUGUCAACACAAGAGUUGAUUAUCAAUAUCGAUCAGAUACUCUAAGCAAAAUCUGUUUAUACGAUUUCGUUAGUACAUUUUACAAGAGAAAAAUGAAUGCAACAGAUGCAAAAUACUUAUCCAAAUCUUCCACUACAGAAGAUCAACAAGGGAUUCGAAUAGGCCGACCACCAAAUCAACGUUUUCCUUUUCAAGAACAGCAUCCACAAGCAACAACCUAUCUGUUGACUGAAUACAGUGAGGCUCAUAUACCGAUUCUCUAUGGUCCUCAAAUUCCUCGACAUGAUCGUGAAGAUACUAAAGAACGAUAUAGUCGAGCUCUUCUCACACUUUUUGUACCUUGGCGUUCGGUGUCUGAUCUUUGUGAUGUUAAUGAAAAUUGGGAAGAUGCACUCAAGUCACGCCAACAUCAUAUAUCUCCGGAUUCAUGGAAUAUUAUAGAAAAUAUUCAACUCUUACAUGAAUGUAAGAAAGAUCGUCAUGAGCAUUUACUUCGAGUUAUAACUGAAGCUCAAACUGAAAAUGAUACGAUUGAUCCUGAAUUAGUCAUACCAAGUCGUAACAUGCGUGAUGAAUAUGACGACACAAGUGACAAUGAAGAUUUACUUGAAUUGCUUGGUAAUUUAAACGAAUAUACUACCAAUGCAUUAAAUAGCACCAAAAAGACAACAGAAAAUAUAUACAUUGAAGAAACCAUAGAAGCAGUUGAAAAAGUUGGACGCUUUACUCACACACGUAAAAAUAGUCAAUCGUUAGUAAAUGAAUCUUCUAGAGAUCACUUUCAACAAAUUGUGCCGUUCGUCUCAGCAACACCUAACCUCGUUCGACUCAAUACAAAAUGGCAAGAACAACUAAAGGCUGAGAAAGAAAGAGUUAGACGAAGUUUAAUUACGGGCAAAUACGACAAAACUGAUGAUACAUUAGAUUAUGAUAGUAUACAGGAUGCACUUGUAACUAUGGUCAAUUCAAAUAAUCAUAACAUAGAUAUAUUUGAUAAUUACACUCAAAUUCUUCCAGUUGCAUCAGUCACUACCACAAGCUAUUCUACUCAGCAAAGUAUUAUUGUUGAAUAUACAUUGAAUAGAGAACAACGAGCUGCAUUUAUGAUAAUAACCAGUCAUCUUGAUGGUGAUAAACAACGUCAUGAAGGUACCAACAAUGGUCAACUGAUAAUGUGCAUACCUGGAUGCGGCGGCACAGGUAAAUCACAACUGAUUCGUGCUGUCACCAAAUACUUUCUUAUUACAAAAAGAAUGCAGAUGAUGCGAAAACUCGCACCCACUGGAAUCGCUGCUGCUGAAAUUGGCGGCAUGACAAUCCAUUCAUUUUUAGGUGAACAACGUAAUUCGGGAAAGCCGCGCACCAUCAAGCCAGGUGAUUCCAAACUUGAAAAAUAA